AUGUCAUCACCAACUACAAAGAGACAGGCUACUAGGAAGAAGAAUGUGCAAUCUGAAAGUGCUCAACAUUCACAGACCACAACUACAAAGUCCCAAUCAAAAAGCUCUGAAGGAGAUACUGAAAAAUCUGGAGUGGGGCGAAAGAAUGUAAAGCGAAAACUUGACACAAGCAGCACAGGCCCAUGUCUGAAUGUUCAACUUAGGGAUCCACACGACACUCUCGCAGAUUUUCAAGAUGAAGAAGAAGAGGAAGAGGAGGAGGAAGCUGUGGAAGAGGAUAACUCUGAUCAUGUGGAGCCUGAUGUGGAAGAAGAGAAUGAUAAUGAUUCUGCUGAUCCGAAAAGAACAAUUUCCUUCAACUCUAAUGAACAACCGAUUGGUGAUCCAUCUGUGCAACUUGCCAGUGUGCUAGGGGUGCUUGUUCGGAAACUUCCAUUAACGUACAAGGAUUGGAGACUUGUCCCUUAUGAAGCCAAAGAAAACAUAUGGAAGAUAGUCUCGAACCGAUUCAUUGUGCCUGAGUAUUACAAAGACUAUUAUUUCAGCAAGAUGGGAACUUAUCUUAGAGAAGCAAGGUCAAGGAAAGCUGGUUUGGUACUCGACGCUUUGGAUCGGCUACAAGGGGAAGAACAAAAAAACGGCUGGAGAAGUUAA